GUGUAAUGUAUUAACGUCUGAUUACAGGACUGAUAGGAUAAGCGUCACGCCGGCACUGCUAUAAUACCUAAGUAUGUGUUUACUUAUUGCUACAUACUACAUAGUGUAUUUUUUAUCAUUCCGGCAUCCAACCGCCCGGUUGGGCCACGUAAAAAAUCUCAAAGAUACGAUACAAGAUAAUUUUGAUUUUCGUAAUUUUGUACAUUUUCAUAAUUUUUACAAUAAUAUUAUGUUUCGUCGUUACCAAUUGUACAAUUUUUGACAAUAUACAUUCACUGCUACUGACCUAACUGGUUUAGGUACCAUCUAGAAAGUUAAAUAUUAUACCUAACACUUAACAAUAACGAUUUGAAGCUGGUGAAAACCAUAGUUCGUAAGUACCUAUUACUUGAAUUUGUAUUCAAUAUCAUUACAAAAACCAUAAACCAUACUUCAACCCAAUGUCUAAACUAGUAAUUCACAAGACAAAAAAAGUUGGGGUUUUCGGGUAUUUGGGUUUCUAAAGUAUAUUCUAGGGGGCUAUAUAAACCACAAAAAUAUUCUCGAGGAAAAUAAUAAUUAGGAAGUGUUAUUUGCAUGUAAUGAGUUUUUCUUUUUCAGAAACAUAAAUAUAAUUUGUUCAGAACUCUUGAUCCUUUAGGUACAACCUAAAUAUAUAAUAUUAUAUAUUUGUGUAUAUUAAUUAUAAAACCCUCCCAAAGAUGAGAACCCCAAAUCGCUAUUAAAAAUACAUCAACUCCCCCCCCCCUAGUUAAAAAAAAUAUUGAUGAAUUUACCCAAAAGUAAAUUAAAAGGCAUUUGUCUACAGAAAUAAAAUAUGAAGAAACCCUAGUCAUUAUUUUUAUUAUAUUUUGUAGAUAUAUAAAUUGCAUAUUAAACAUAAAUUAGUAAUACAACUAAAUUUUUUAAAUAUUAUCAACUAGUAUUUAAUUAUUUGGUCAUUUUUCUAACCUUAUUAUUUUGUAAAUAUAUUAGUAAAAUAAUGUUACAAAAAUAAGUUAUAUGGUAAAAAUAUGAAACCCUAAAAAAGGUUUUUCUUUUCUUCCAUCCCUUGUUUAAAAAAGCUUUUUACCAUAUCAGAAUUUGUAUGACUAUUCUUUUAGAUUCUAAGUAGAGCGAAGAAGCUUAUGGUUCUACAAAGAUGUUUAUUUUUUUUUUCUGUGAACAACUUUUGUACCAGGAAUUUUGUUCCAUCUUUUAAUGAUAGUCAUUUUUCUAAAUUGAUAUUUCACUUCAUAGGUACUUUAGAUUUAGAUAAGUUGUUUUUUGGUUUUUUUCAGAGUUUUCUCAACAAAUGUGAAAAACUGGGAAAAAGCAUAGAAAAACUGGGGAAAUCGGUACAAAAUUAAGCAAAUAUUAUUAAAGAAAAUAUAUAGAGCCUAUUUAUUUAUUUUACUAUAAUAUGGCAUAUACAAGGUGAUAAAUCUGUCAUAAGACACUCAUUAUCUCGGAAAAUAUUUUAUUUUUUUGAUAUGUUUUACAGACAAUUUUAUAAACAAGCAGCUCUAAAAAUUUUAAUUUAUGUUAUUUUUUUUACCCUAAUUUUUGGAGUUGAAAGUGCUAUCUACUUUUGAUUUUUAAAUGAUAACUUAUAUUAAAAAUUCCAUGAAUAAGUGGAGUAAAAAUUAAAAUAAAUUUUGGUGUUUAAAUUUUUAAUUUCCAUAAAUUCGUUGACGAAACAUUCCACUUUUAAGUUUGGAUCGGGGGAGAGUAGUGUAGCAUCAUUUGUGUGGUCACAUAGCGUUUUAUAAAUGAACCAUUACUCUCCCCGAUGCAAACUUAAAAGUUGAAUAUUUCAUCAACGAACUUGCGGAAAUUAAAAAUUUAAACACCAACAUUUAUUUUAACUACUACUUCAUAUAUUUAUGAAUUUUUAAAUAUAGGUUGCUAUUUGAAAAUCAAAAUUAGGUAGUCGUUUCACCCCCAAAAAUUAGGAUAAAAAAAAAAAUGUGAAUGAUGUAAAUGUUAAAUUUUAGAACAGCUUGUUAUAUCUUGUUUCUUAAAUGUUCUUUAACAUAAAUUUUCGAAAAAAGUUUACACCUUCCGAGAUAAUAAAUAAAUUGACCACCCCAUAUAUUGUUAGCACUAUCAACUAAACUCCACUCAGAAUAAUUUUUUCGUAAGCCAUGGUUUAUCGUUGCUUACAGGUAUACAUUAAAUUACCCUUAACAGUGGCUUCACCCAUCCCCAUUAUCCUAGAACAUCUUUUUUUACAAUAUUUCUAAAAUAAGUUAAUACAAUUGUUGUAUUAACUGUUGUAGGUAAAAACUUAAAAAGGUAUAAUAUACAGAGUCGUUCAAAUUUCACGAUACAGUCGAAUUUGUCAUGAAAUACUUAUUAAAAAAAAAAAGAUUAUGUGGAAAGUUUUUGGAAUUAUAUAUUCUAAAAUGUUACAUAUUACUUAUUUUUGGUUGUGAAACCUACUUUUUAAAUGGCAACCUUUAUUAAAAAUUCCAGAAAUAAAUAGAUUAUAAGUUUAGAUCCAUUUUUGUGUUAAAAUUAUUGAUUUCCAUUAACCUGUUAAUGAAAACUGUUCAUGGAUCAUUAUUGUAACUUGUAGAUGAUAAUUUGGGAAAGUAGGAGAAUAGGAUAGUUAAUUUAGUUUCGUAUGCAAUGAUAAAUCAUUAAAAUUAAAAACAAUUGUGAGUGCUGACCACUUACUAUUUGUGAUAGAUUUAAAUUUAAAACUAUUGAUUUGUCAGUACAUAGUAGAUUUUGAAAUAUUACACUCAGCUUUUAAAUUCUGAGUGGAAUGAAAAAGCUUAUAGUUUUACAAAGAUACUUAUUUUUUUUAAUCUGUGGACAACUUUCUUACCAGAAAUCUUGCUCCGAUUUUUAAGUGUAACAUCUUUUCUGAAAGAAAAUCAGAUUGGAUUUCCCCUCUACUACCUUCCCAACUUUUCACCAUCUCAUGACAAAUUGUUAUUAGAAUUAUUAAUUAUCAAAUUGUUGAGAAGAUUUACAUAACUAUGGUAUUUAAUUAUUUACCUAAUUCGAAUAGGGUAUAGUAUAUUAGUUUAAUAGUUGACCAUUUAGUUUGGUUAUUAUACAUAAUCAAUGCCUAAUAUUUAUUUGUUAAAACAAAUUAUUUACAGAUAGUAUUGAGAAUGCGCUUGUUGUUACUGUUUCCACUUUUACAAGUAUUGUAUGCUUUGGACAGUAAUUUAAUUCCAAAAAGUUCUGACGAUAAUUCACCAUGCAAAAGUUGUAAAGUAUUAGUUGAAUCAUUUGAGAAGGUAAUGUCUAAAACAAUUUUGUUUUAUAUACAUAGGAUAUACUAACAAUUAUCUAAAAAUUAAAGUAAUAAGUAAAUCUUUCUGAGUAAUUAUAUUUAUUAUAAUAUAUGCAUAACAACAAUAUACUUUUUAGGGCCUUGAUAGAACUAAAAAUGAUCACUUUGGUGGUGGAAAUACAGCGUGGGAAGAGAAAAAUCUUUUGACUUAUUCAAACAGUGAAGUAAGAUUUGUAGAAAUUCAUGAUUCAUUGUGUACUGAAACUUCUAAAAACCAAGAUAUGGUAAGAGUAAAUUCUAAAAAUAUAGAAUAGAGAUUAGAUGUCAUAAUUUUUAUUUUUUGUAGUGUUUUCAUUUAUCUGGUGAAUAUGAACAUCACUUAAAAGAAUGGUGGACAAAUGGCCGCAAAGAAGAUUUAUAUCAAUGGUUUUGUAUAAACAGAUUAAAAGUAUGUUGUCCACCAAAAUAUUAUGGACCAGAUUGUUUACCAUGUAAAGGAUAUCCAAAUGUUUGUAAUUCACAUGGAACCUGCAAGGUAAUUUAGUUUUAAUGUUUAAUAAUUAUUUAACAGUGUUUAAAAUAAAUUAUUUUACAGGGUGAUGGAACUCGAGAGGGUAAUGGGUUGUGUAAAUGUAAUAGUGGCUAUAGUAGUGACAACUGUGAUCAAUGUGCAAAUGAUUAUUUUGCCAUUAUAAAAAAUGAAACUCUUACUUGUAAAAAAUGUCAUAAAUCCUGCAAAAACGGAUGUAAAGAUUCUGGACCAAAAGGUAUUAUAUACACUUAUAGAGGGAAAAAAACAUGAACUAUAUUAAAUUAUUCUUUGUAUUAAAAAUAUUUAAAGUUUCUCAAGGAGAUCUGACAAUUAACUAAUGCAAUAAAUUUUGUUCUGUUCAAUAUGUUUGAGAUUUUUUUUAAUACCAGAAUCAUGCACUAUAAUUAUACAUUUUAUGUAUUUUUACAAAAAUAAAAAGUCACUAUACGAGUAUAAAUAAAUUUUGAUUCUAAAAAUGUUUACUAAUAAUGAGUUGUUUAUUUUCUAUAAACUGGUUUGAGUUUAUGAUUACUAAAAUUAUUUUCAUUGCCACUAUAAAAAUAAUAUCAAUUUAUUUUCUCAUAAAAAAGUAUUUACAGUAAUAUGCAUGGUAGAUGAGAAGUGGAGAAGGUAAGAUAAAGAGGAAAAUUAAAUUUAUACCUGUACCCAAAUGAAAACCACUUGUUAAAUCAAAAAAUUACCUCCUUAAAGCUAAAAGUUGUUCAUAGAUCAAAAAAAAAAAAGGAAAAACAUUGUAAAACCAAUACAUUCCUCAUCACAUGCAUUUGUAAACUAGAAAAUUAACAACUCAUAAUUAGUAAACACCAGUAACUCAACAAUUUUUCUUAAAAUAAAUUAAUAAGAUGAACUCUUUUGAAAAAAAAAUGUAUACAUAAUAUAAGAAUUAUAUUAAAUAUUACAAAAGAAACAACUUUAAAAUAUUAAUCAGAACUGAAGUUAUUUCAUUUUUCAGAACUUUAUGGGACAUUAUAAAAUUGUUUAUUAUUUAUUGUCUUAUAUGUUUAUAUAUUUAACUAACCAGGUAUAUAUUAGUAUUUUAGAUUUCUUUCUUUUAUAUUUAGGUUGCAAUGAAUGUAAAGAUGGAUGGGUGUAUACAGAUGAAAUUAAUGGUUGUGUUGAUAUUAAUGAGUGUUUAGAGCAAGGUGUUUGUACUUCAGAACAUUUUUGCUUUAAUAAUGAAGGCUCCUAUUCUUGUUUAAGUAAGUGACAAUACAGUGUGAUCACGAUUUAAGGUAACACUAAAUAUCUCUGGUGGAUGACCUUGUAUUGAAAUGGGGUUUUCGGGAGGUGAUAGGGAGUACCUUAAUACAUAUUUUUAGAUAAAUUUCAAAUUUUUAACACUUGGUGUGCGCAUGCGCAACACAACUUACAUUUUUUUAAAUGGAAACACUAUUUUUUUUUUCUACAUAUUCGGAUAGAUUAUUUUUUUUUAAACAUUUUUUGUAUACAAAAUAUUUUUAUAUUAACAAAACUGACCAAGAUAGAGUAGGUAAAAAUUUGGAUUUAUGCAUAAUUCGUGUUAAAUGAAAUUUUAAUUUAUAAACACUGAAUUUAUAAAAUAAGUUUGAAAUAAUUAAACAUUAUUUUAAGUGUAUGGUAUUUCGUCAACUGUAUUAAUUAAAUAUUUUAAUAACAAAUUAAAUUUUUAAAAAAAUGUAUCUUAUGAAUUGCUCAAAGUUUUCACCAUCAUGUUCUAAACAUGAUCCAAGUCGUCUCAAAAAUUCAGUCGAAGUUGCAUCCUUGAUUUGGUCCUCACUUAAAAUAUCACAUGCUGCCUGUAUUUUAUUUUUUAAGUCCUGAAGAUUGACAGGUGGAUCUGAAUAAACCACAGUCUUCAAAUAUCCCCAUAAAAAAAAAUCCAAUGGCGUCAAAUCUGGGGAUCGUGCAGGCCAUAAGUACCAAUACAGCGGUUUGGAAAUAUUUGAUCUAAAUGUCUUCUAACGAUAAUUGCUUUGUGGGCUGGUGCUCCAUCUUGCUGGAAAACAUGUUCCUGUGUGUCUAAUGAAACAUCAUCCAACAGUCUUGGUAGUUCAUUGGUUAAGAAAUUAAAAUAUCGUCUGCCAUUAAGCGUACCAUCAUAAAAGAACGGUCCUAUUAGCUUUCCACCAACUAACCCACACCAUACAUUGAUUCCCCAGAUUUGAAAAUUAGUUUCAUGUGACCAGUGUGGAUUUGUGUUAUCCCAGUAUCGAUUAUUUUGUUUAUUCAUAAUGCCAUUGUUAGUGAAUUUUGAUUCAUCAGUCCAAAGAAUUUGAUUGACAAUCAAAGGGUUAUCAUAAAAUUUAAUAUUGAACCAAGCUAUAAACUCCAACCUACGAAUAGAAUCUCCUGCGCGCAAAUGUUGGACAAAAUCUAUUUUAUAUGGGUGCAUUUUGUGUUUUUUAGAAUUUUUUGAACAUAACCAUAUGAAACUCCAAUUUUGCGAGCAACAUGAGCUCUUAUGUAUGCUAGUACCUAUAAUUCUGUAUCGUCAUCAAACAUAUUUGCUCUAUGCAUUUGUUGAAUUAUUUGUCUGCCAGGAAAUCUUCCUUCCUCAUUUAACCCUUGUAAAAGUCGUAACACAUAAUUAUAAGGUGGAUGGUAUCUUUCUGGGUAUCGUUCGGCAUAUGUCAUAGCAGCUAGGCAUACAUUAUGUUGACAUUCGCCAUAAAUUAAAACCAAUUCAACUUUUUCAGCGUUAUUCAUAUUUAAAAAAUUAUAAUUUAUAGGAGCACUUAAUAAUAACUAGACAUUCACGACUUACACGAGUACACACUUGAUUAUCUUAUCAUUAUUAGAGCUAUUGUUAAAUAAAAUAAAAUUCCAUUAUAAAAAUAGUUAAAAUUGUUAUCGUAUUAUAGCAGUUUACUGAACAAAAAUGAUGACAUAAUACUCAAGAUAUUCAUUCUAGUGAUCAACAGUACUUUUAAAUUAUUAUUUGUAAACAGAUAAUGUAAUUGGUUAUUUAUUUUUAAAUUAAACAUUUAUUUGUUACUUAUUUUAUUAAUUCAGUGUUUAUAAAUUAAAAUUUCAUUUAACACGAAUUAUGCAUAAAUCCAAAUUUUUACUUGCUCUAUCUUGGUCAGUUUUGUUAAUAUAAAAAUAUUUUGUAUACAAAAAAUGUUUAAAAAAUAAUAAUCUAUCCGAAUAUGUAGAAAAAAAAAUAGUGUUUCCAUUUAAAAAAAUGUAAGUUGUGUUGCGCAUGCGUACACCAAAAGUGUUAAAAAUUUGAAAUUUAUCUAAAAAUAUGUAUUAAGGUACUCCCUAUCACCUCCCGAAAACCCCAUUUCAAUACAAGGUCCAUCCACCAGAGAUAUUUAGUGUUACCUUAUAUCGUGAUCAACUGUACAUUGCUUAUUAUUGUAUUUUUUUUUUCUAUGAAAUUUCAUUGUUAUAAGGUUGUGAUCAAUCAUGUAAAGACUGUUAUGGUGAGGGAAAUGAAAUGUGUUAUAAUUGUGCACCUGGAUAUACUAUGAAAAAUAAAAAAUGCUUAGGUAAAUUUUGUUUGUAUUAUUUAUUUUAAUUUAUGAUAAUAGUUUUUCAAUUCUACCAAAUAUGUGUAUAUUAUGCUUAAGCAGUAGUAAGAACCUAUCAUUUUAAUUCUUUUUAUAGCAUGUAUAACAUUAAUGCUUUAGUAAUGAUAGUGUUUUGCACGAUUUUUACAUUGUAGAUGCUAGUGAAGGUUAUGAAGUUGAAGAGAAAUCAGAGUAAGUAAUGUUUAAUAAUAAAAUAAUGAAGUAAAAAGAAAAUUAUUAAAAUGGUUAAUACUCAUAAAUAAAUAUAUAAAUAUUUAUUAUGACUUAAACACAACUUAAAAUCCUAUUUUACAUAUUGAUACUGUGAUAUCUGAUAUAUCUGAUGAUGAAUUUUUAAUUCAAAACAAGUUGUAUAAUACACUUAUCAUUUACACUUUAAUUAAUUAAGUUUUUAUUUAUAUAUUUAAUGUUUUUACAUAGUAAAUUUAUAAAACUUUUUUCUAUAUUAUAUAAUAUUAUGUAGCAUACAUUUAGUGAAAUUGUUAUUUUAAUGAAAUGGAAACUAUUUUUAACACUGAAAUAAAAAAUGGUUUGACUUUUUUAUUUAAUUUGAUUUUUGCUUCAAAUUCCAUUUUUACACUCUUUAUUCCACACCAACUUUGUGCCAGAUUUAAUUUUAUUAUAGCUAUCAAGUCAAUGAUAUUAUUAGAUGUAUUUAGGUAGAGUAUAAAGACUAAAGAAGAAUAUAGAUCAUCUAUUAUAGUAAAAAUAUUGUUUUCCUAAACAUUUUUAAAAUUAAAAUAAUUAACAUGUAAAUAAUUAUAGUUAAAUUUUAUGGUACACAAAAUGAAUGGUCAAAUGGUUAAAUAAAAACAUAACACUAUGAAAUGUUUGUACUUAUUUCAUAGAUUUUUAUCAUCUUUCAUGAAUUUCAACUAUAAAAAUAUCUAUUUUUUAUAUAAUAAAAUGAAAAAUUCACUAAGUGGAUGCUACAUAUAAACAAUUGAUACUUCAUGGUAUUCACUAUAGCAUAAAUUACAGUUUUAUUAAUAGAAAGAGAUAAAUUAUUACUUUUAAAAAUUAACAGAUUUAUACAUUUCAAUUAAGUGUAAUAAUAUAAUUUAAUAAAUUUUACAUACUAAGACAUAUAUAUUUUACUAAAUACUUUUAUGUACAUUUCAAAAGUGUAAUUUUCUAUAUUGCACAUUUUAGCUAUUUUAUUAACAUAUUAUUUUAAUUAAAUUAAUCAAACACUUUUAAUACCAUAAAUAAUUUGUUACCACAUGUAUGCCAUUUUUUUUUCAACCAGUAAUAGAUUGGUUUACAAUGUUUAACUUCAUCCUUCAUUUUUUACAAUCUUCUUUAUAGCUACAAGUGUAAAACAAAUUUUUAAACCAUGUGAAAAUAUUCAAAAGCUUACAUUUUUUUUUUUUUUUUUUUUUACUAUAAGAGUACAGGUUAAAAAUUAAUAUUUUUCCAAUAAUUAUUAUGUAUCUGUUGUAAUAUCCUCAAAUUUUGGUAUGUACCAUUGGUGAGAUAUUUUUUAAUUUUUCUUAUACUUUUCUCAAUAAUAGUAGUAAAAUAAAAUUAAAAUUAAAAAUAAAAACAAUUUGUCAAUUUUAAAAUAAUCAAAAAAUAUUUAACUAGUAGAAUUGUUUUUAGUUUCAAUUACAGUAUAUUAACUGAUUAACCUUAUAAUAUAUUCUAACUUUUCAAUAAAAAAAAAGUUAUCUAUUUCUAUCAUAUAGCAGUGAAGUUCACUUCUUUUUUGUUGAAAAGUAUUGUUGAUAAAGUCUGCAAGACAUACUUUAAAUUGCAUGAGAUUCCUGAAAUUUGAGAAGUCUAUGCUAGAACAAGGUUGCACCACCACCAGCAUCUUUAGAAUUAGUCAAUGGUCAUGGCAUUCAAUUUAAAAUUUCAGUCAUUUGGCAUUUCUAUGCUAGAUAGUAUACAUAUGGUGAAACUGGCAAUAGAAAUGACAAUUUAAAAACAUGGUGGUGGGGGGAGGUUCUAACCAGUAAAUUGACAUUGGGGCUGGUUUCUGGAUAUCUAUUGUACCACACAGAGAUGGAUAAUAACUAUAACUAUAACUGAGGCAAGCAGUUCAUGUACUACACACUGUUGAAGAAAGAAGAUGUACCAGUUUUUUUCAGAAAAUAUAUCCACAUGGUGAACAUUAUAAAACCUUUUUACAACUGGGUGUUUCUUUUUAUCAAAUCAUUUAACAGGAUAUCAGACUACCAGAAUCAACAAUGGUCACUAGUAGUGGUCAACAUCAUAGGGUUGAAUACUUGGUCAAAUGGUGCUGAUUAUCAGGUGUGAGAUGAGCUAUUAUAUGCAACAGCAUUUUAAUCAGAAAAUUAGUAUACAUUUUUUAUGAAAUCUGAUCUAUUACUAUCUGCAGUCUUCUUCGGCCAUAAUGCACAGGAUCUUGGCCUUGUUCACACAUCUGGCUGGUUUUUGCCAUGAAACUGUUCAUCAACCUACCAAAAGAGACUCAUGUUGGCUGCCAGAGAUUAUGUGGGCAUCAAUGAAGGCUACCAGUUUUGGGGUGGCAGCUGUAAUCAAUGAGGAGAUGCUGGAUGGUAUAUCAGACUUAUUAGUAGCAUUCAAGCUACUAGAGCCAUACUGAACACAUGUACUUUCUUAUUCCCAAAAGUUGGCUAACUGCAUUUUUAACUGACUCUAAAAAAUUGAGGCUAUAUAUUCAACAUAUAUGUUUCCUGUUUAAGAAACUAGCAUAAACUAUAAGUGUAAGAUUGAAGAGUUUUACAAGAAAAUAAGCAAGUUAAAAUUAAAAAAAAAAAGUCUUUGGAAGAUAAUAUUUGACUUAAUAUUCAUAUUGCUAUUAGAAUACAUUACUCUUCCUGUAGUGUUACUAAUAGCAAUAUAAACAUACAGCAGAAGAAAAUAAUAGAUCAUCACUAAAACAAGAUAAUCUGUCAUUAUUUAUUCACUUUAUCAACAAAAAAAUGAUAUUUUACAAAAUAUAAGUUUUAAACAGUCUUUUAUAACAUUUUAAUCAUUAAAGUAAAAAAAAAAAUACUUUUAUGUGAAAAAACUUAAUUAUGGUAUUAUUGUUAUUAUUAUACUUUGUUCCGGUUAACUUAUAUAUUUUUGUAUUAGUAUUCAAAAAUGGCAUUUAUGUAUAAUAAUUUAUUAGUUAUCUUUUUAAAAGCAAUUUUUAAUGUACACACAAAAAGUUAUAUCAAAAGUGUAUUUUAUUGAAAAGCUAUUAGUUUUACUAAAAUAUGUUUUUCUUACCAAAAAACACUUUAUGGCUGGUAAAACUGCUUCAAAUUAUUUACAUUGUAUCUUAAAGGAUGAGGAUUUGUCACCUGAUAAUACCAUAUUUAAAAAAACAAUCUGUUUUUGUUUUUAUUAUUUUAAUAAUAAUAUUUUAAAUAGUUUAUUUAGUUCAAUUAUUCAUUAAACAUAUUAUUUAAAAAUAUAAAUAUUCUAUUUCAGUGAACAUGGAAAGAAAGAACUCUGAUCAGUCUCGGUACAUAACAUAUGGAGGUCUAGGAAUAGCAACAGUAAUUAUUUUCAGAAUGAAUACAACUAUUGCAAGUGUUCUUGGAAUAUUAAUAGCAAUGUAUAUUAUGAUAAUUGAAUUUCUUAUAAAUGAAUUAUAUAAAUCUUGAUUUUAUAUUAUUAUUUUCAAUUAACGUCUCCAUUAAUUUCUCUUUUAUUACUGAAUAUAAAUUAUUUAGUAAAUAAUAUUGUUUAAGUCCAUAUUUAAUCUAACUAAAGAAACAUAAUAGUUUCAGUAAUUUAUUUCUAAUAUAUUGUAUACAUUUAGAAUGUUCCAUAGAGUUUAAACUACUAAAGAACUACAGCUAUUUUUUAAAAUGUGUUCUAAAUAAAUGAAUAUCGGUAUCUUGUACAUUUAUUAAAUUAUUAAACAACUGUUCUUUUACUUAAAUAUUUAUUACCAUGCACUAAAUAUAAUGUAUAAUAAUAUUAAAUACUUGUAUAUCUAUCUCAAUAC